AACGUCACCACUGCUCCUGAAAGUUUUGGCUAUAAAAGCCGGACGUGUUGACCACAGACGGUACCUUCUGCACCACAGCACCGACGUCUUCACGUGACCUCAGCCAACACAACCAGCAUCAUGAUGACCAAACUCGCCAUCUGCCUGUUCGCCAUGCUGUUUAUCCAGCUGUCUCUUCAACAGACUACUCCAACCCCCGUUGACUGUACCCUCGCCCCAGAGCCGGGGCAAUGCAAGCUGUAUGUGGAGCAAUACUACUUCGACACGACCACCCAUAACUGCCAGCCAUUUAUCUACGGAGGUUGUGGAGGCAACAGCAACAAAUUCGACACACUGGAGGAAUGUGAAAAUAGGUGCGGCAUAAUUCACAAAUAAAAAGUUCCUCUUUUCCCAGAGAGUUAUUCUACAAUAUUAGGCAAACAACGGAUCCAAAUUAUUUAGUUUCUUUUGUUGUAAUGUUUUCUCCACGGCCAAACUGAAAAUUGUUGUGAACUUUUAGCUAUGUAAUAAACUACUUAAAACUUAAA